AUGAUGACGAAGAAAAAGAAGCUUUUUGAUGAGGAGUCCGACGAGGAAGUUACAUUAAAAACAGAAAACGAAUACGCCAAAAAGUACGACGCCUGGCGACAAAAGGAAGAAUUGUAUAAACUGGAACAAAAAUAUGGCUCUAAAGCACUUAACUCGGAUGCGUCUGAGUCUUCUGAAAGUGAAGACGAAAGUGAUGAGCCACCAGAAGUAUCGGAGGAAGUAGAGAAACAGUUCCUGAAGACACUAUCACUGUUAAAAACCAAGGACCCUAGAAUAUAUGACCCCAACUACAAAUUCUUUGAUGAGACAGUGGAGAAGGAAAAAGAAAAGGAACCGGAGACUAAAAAGUUAACUUUUGGUGAUAGUGAUGAUGACGAUGAUGAUGGAAACAUCUUUAGCAUUGAGAAGAAGGCAGAUGUUGAGGAAUCAGGAGGAGAUAGUCAGGAAGUGAAAGACCAGAAGAGUGACCUCAAGGCAUAUCUGACGGGUAGUGUUGAUCAUGUGGAGGAUGAGUCUGAACUAGCUCCGUUGAGAGCUCUGUGGAGUGACCCUAACUUGAACGAGGGAGAAGCAUUCCUCAGAGACUACAUAUUGAAUAAAAGAUACCUCGAGGAGGGUCCAGCAUCAGCCAGCCAGCUGAGAGAUGACGAGGAGCUGGAGGAAGAUGAGAAGAGGGUCGAGGAACAGGGACAGUUCGAGAGGGCUUACAACUUCCGCUUUGAGGAGCCCGACCAGGAGUUUUUGAAACGCUUUCCCCGUACAAUGAACCACAUCCGACCCAAAGAUACGAGCAGAGCCAGGAAACGGGCAGAAGUUAAAGAGAGGAAGGAGAAGGAGAAACAGAGGAAAAUGGAGGAAAUUACGAGGAUGAAGGCGCUCAAACUGAAGGAGAUCAAGGAAAAGAUAGCUAAGAUUAAGGAAGUGACUGGCAACGAGGAACUGGCAUUCAGGGAAGAGGACAUAGAGGGCGACUUCAACCCUGAGGAACAUGACAGAAGAAUGAAGGCUCUGUUUGAUGAGGAGUACUACGGAGAGGUGGAUGAACAGAAACCUGUGUUCCCUGACCUGGACCAAGAACUGGAGAUAGAGAACUGGGAUAAAUAUGAACAUGAAGAAAAUGCUCAUGAGGAGAAUGAAGAUGAUGGACCGCACUGUGAAGACGAGGACUUUAAUAUGGACGCAGACUACGACCCGAAGAAGGCAAGAGAGAGUUUACUAGAAGAAUUAACAAGCACCAUGACCAAGAAGAAACGGAACAGAAAGAAGAAAUCCAAACUGGCCGAGUUACUGUCGGAACAGAAACCUAAGUUUGUACCAGAAGUAGACAAGACAUACUCUCAGUACAUGGAUGAGUAUUAUAAGAUGGACUGUGAGGACAUUAUCGGAGGAGACCUGCCCACCAGGUUCAAGUACAGACAAGUGGUGCCCAACGACUACGGACUGACUGUUGAGGAGAUCCUUCUAGCGGACGACAAGGAGUUGACCCAAUGGGUUCCUCUUAAGAAGAUCGUUAAGUAUCGGCCAGAGAAUGUUGAGAAGAGUGAAGUACAUUCAUACACACAGAAAGCGGCCGACGUGAGGCUCAAGAAGAAAAUACUGCCCAGUCUGUUUAAAGGAGUGCCGGAUGAACCAGAAAUAGUCGUCCCAUUAGAGAAGACUAUCAAAAAGAAGAAAAAGAAAAAGAAGAAGCAACAAGAUGUAGGAAAUAAUGAUAUUAAUAAUGAUGGGGAUAAUGAUAAUGAUGGAAAUAAUGAUAGUGUGGAAGAUAGUGAUGUACACGAAAAAGAUAAAAAGGAAAGGAAAAAGAAAAGGAAAAGGAAUAAAGAAGAAAUGCAGAACAUAGAGAAUGGUGACCUUGAAGUAGCAGAUGAAGCAACGACAAGCAACCAAGAUCAUAAAGAUCUAGACUUGAAGAAAAAUAAAAAGCAAAGAAAAGAAAAAUGCAGUGACAGUGUUAAUGAGACAGAGGUCCAUGGAGAAGAAAAUAUUGAUUUGGAAGACAAAGAAAAAAAUACAAACAAGGUUACUACAGAAGUAAAUAUAACACAGACUAAGAAGAAACGAAGAAAGAAGAAGAAACAAAAUGUGACGUCCACAGAAGACUUUACAGAAACACAGAUAGAUGAUGAAACGAAAAGUAAAAAUAAUAAGAGAAAAUUAGAUACAGAACAAAAUGAAACACAGAAGAAAAAGAAGAAGAAUACAGCUGAUAGAAAAAUAUCACACAAGGGAAAAAACAACACUAGUUCUGACCCCUUGAGUAAACUCUCAGAUGAACGGCUUAAAGCGUACGGUCUGAACCCUAAGAAGUAUAGAAGUUUCUUGAAAUACAAGAAGUUUUAA